ACUUUUUGCGGACCAUUAGAAAAAAAAAAAAAAAACAUGGAUGAUAUUCACAUCUUGCGCCAAAGCUGACUUUAAACACGACAGCUCUCUCCUUUUCUCCAGUUAUGGCCACCGCGGCUUCCUCCUCCCCCCAACCACCACCUCUAAUUUCCUUCUAAACUUAUUUCCCCUCUCAUCCCUUUCUCGUCGCACGCCACCCACCAUCCUUCCUCAAACGGAAUUAAAAUUCAUGGGUUUUCUUUCCUGCAAUGCCAAGUCUGCAAUCGCCACCAGCCGAUGCGAUGCACUCUGCUGGGACGUCGACGCGGUCCCAAAAGCAAGGAAUUAUAAGCAGAAUAAGAAGCUGCCGGAGAUCAGAAAGUUUGAGUAUUCGGACCUGGUGGAUGCCACAAAUGGGUUCUCGGCAGAUAGCUUCUUGGGGAAAGGCAGCCACGGCAGCGUCUACAGAGCAACCCUCGACGACGGCAAGCUCGUCGUUGCCGUCAAAACAUGCAAAUUCAAAAAGUCAUCCGCCAAGGGCCUCCUUAAUCACUGCCCCAAGUGUGCGGGUUGUACCAAGUGUACUAGCCCCGCAGAGAACGAGAUCGAGAUUCUCUCCAGAAUCCCAAGCUCUCGCCGCAUCGUCAACCUCAUCGGCUUUUGCACGGACUCCAACCUCAACAAAUUGAUUGUCGUCGAAUACAUGCCAAAGGGUUCCCUCCACGAUCUCUUGCACUCCUCACCUAAUCCCCCCUGUUGGGCCUCACGCGUCCGUUUCGCAUUGCAGGUGGCGGAGGCGGUUCGAACUCUCCACUCUUCCAACCCGCCAGUCAUUCACCGGGACAUCAAGUCUUCAAACGUUUUAAUUGACGACGACUUGAACGCGAGACUGGGCGAUUUCGGCCUCGCUCUCAGGGGACACGAAGCGGAUUUUAGUGGGAAGUGCACGCUACCGGCGGGGACUUUGGGAUAUCUUGAUCCAUGCUAUCUCGCACCGGGGGAUCUAAGCGCGAAGAGCGACGUGUUCAGCUUCGGGAUCUUGUUGCUGGAGAUAAUCAGCGGUAGGAACGCAAUCGACGUGAAGUACAGCCCACCAGCGGUAGUUGAGUGGGCAGUGCCGUUAUUAAAGCAGGGCGAGUUUGAGGCUAUCCAUGACCCGCGGAUAGGGGCGCCGUCAGACCCAAAGGUGACAGAACAGCUGGCGGUGUUGGCGGCGAGGUGCGUGAGGUGGAAGGCGGAGAAGCGGCCGCCGAUGGGUGAGGUAGUGGAGUGUUUAAAACGAGUGAGGAAGAGGAUUCGUGGGCGGCCGAUAUGGAGCGUGAGGAGGCGGAUGGGGCGCAUGGAGAAGAAAGCAGAGGCGUUGAGUGAAAGGAGGGAAGAAGUUGGGAGGGUAGUGAAGGUGGGAAACAGAAGGAAUGGGAAGGUGUCGAGCGUGGGGGUCGUAGGUCACGAGGCGAGUGAAGGGAGGAAUGAUCAAAUGGUGAGGUCGAAAUCGAUUGGUUGUGAAGGGGAGGUCAAAAUGCAGUGUGAUCAUGACGGAAAUGGGCAAGUCGGGUUGUUUGUGGGAAGGAAGGCGCAAGCGAGGCUCCCAAGGUCCAGGUCCGUAGGAGUUCACCUCAAGUGGGCUGAGCUUUGUAACCAUGAGCGGAUAGAUUUAUAGCUAUAGUUUUGGAGGACACGAAAUGCGUGGAAAUUAAAGGCACUGCUUGGAUCCUAUUCAUCCGCAUCACAAUCAGUUUUGUUUAUCUGUGUAUUAACUCUCAAACUAAAGAAGCGCCCAAUUCAUCUUU